UAUGUCUCUUAAUCCAUUCUCCCCUCCAAGCAUCGACCAAAUCGUGCUUCUAUUACUACUUCAAAACACCCAACAAACUCUCCCCUACUUGUAAGACAGAAGAUGGAGCCUGUUGGAGCCAUUUCAGAGGGAGAAUGGGGCUCUCUUAGUGGAAUGUACACCACUGAGGAGGCUGAGUUCAUGGCUCAGUUGUUGGGUAACUGUUCAUCAUUUCCUAAUGAGCUUGAUGGAGGGUCAAGCCUGGGCAUUCCAUCCGCCUUCUGGGCAGCUGGCCAUGAAUCAGUGAAUAAGAGUUUGUAUUGUUCUUCAGAUGCUGCUAACACUAAUCUAUAUUGUUUUUCACAAGGGAGUAGUAGUUAUAGUGGUGGUAGUUCUCUUUUUCCAAAUUCAAGUCAAGGGAGCUACUAUCUGAGUGAUUCUCAACAAGUUUUGGGGGGAAAUAACAGCGCCAUGUCCAUGGAUUUUUGUAUUGGGGAUGACAAAAACAACAGCUUGGCAGUUCAAGUCUUUGCUGAUAGCCUAAUGGAAGGCGAUGAGUACUGCUUGAAUGUGGAAGAAUGUAGGAGGAACUUUCCUGAGAUGCCAGAACUGCCAUCAGCCACAGAGGAUAAAAACAACAAAAUGCCAGAGAAUUCCAAGAAAAGGAUGCGGGACUCAGGAGAUGUCCAAAAGAACAAGAGGAAUGUGAAGAAGAAAAGCCAGAAGAGUGUCUCUAGCAACAAUGAGGAAGACAACAAUGGUGGGGUGGUCAAUGGGCAGAGCUCGAGCAGCUGCAGCUCAGAGGAUGAAUCCAUUGCUUCCCAGGAGCUGAAUGGAAGUUCAAGCCCAAAAGGGUCUGCAGCUCUCAACUCGAAAGACAAAGCAAGAGCCAGUAGAGGAUCAGCCACUGAUCCCCAAAGCCUCUAUGCAAGGAAAAGAAGAGAGAGGAUCAAUGAGAGGCUGAAAAUCUUACAGAACCUUGUCCCAAAUGGAACAAAGGUUGAUAUCAGCACAAUGCUUGAGGAAGCUGUCGAGUACGUGAAGUUUUUGCAACUCCAGAUCAAGCUCUUGAGCUCAGAUGAUCUAUGGAUGUAUGCUCCACUCGCUUACAAUGGAAUGGACAUUGGGCUUGAUCUGAAGAUCUCCAUGCCAAGAAAAUGA